AUUAAAUAUAAACAAAUAGAAAAUCAGAAAGCCAAAAAAACUAAGUUCAGUUUUAAGAGAUUCAGUCAUGGGAAAGAAGAAAAACAAUAACAAAUAUCAAAAUAAAAGACGAAAUAAUAUUGAAAAAUUUUCCGUAAAGAAAGCUGAGUUUAAACAAAAAAAUGAACAAGCCAAAAAUCUUAAAAAAAGAGUUUCUGAUCAAAUUAAGUCUGAAAAUCAAAUGGACAUUGAAGAUCAAAAAACAAGUCAUUUUGAUGAAAUAAAACAGGCGAUCAAAGAUAACACAUGCAAAGUGUUUAACAAGGAAUUUAGAAAAGUUGUAUCUCAAGCAGAUAUUUUGCUUGAAAUUUUAGAUGCAAGAGAUCCAUUAGGAACUCGCUGUAAUGAAAUUGAAAAAAUUAUUAAUGAGAGUCCCGAACAAAAGCCAAUUAUUGUUGUGUUAAAUAAAGCUGAUUUAGUUCCAAUAGAAAAUUUAAGAAAAUGGCUUAAAUAUUUCAAGACAAUUCAUCCAGCUAUACCCUUUAAAUCAUCAACUCAAAAGCAGGCUCUGAAUUAUGGAUCAAAAAGUUUUAAAUCAGUUAAAGAUGAAAAAUGUUUACAAAAUUCCGUAAGUUUCGGUACCGAUCUUUUAAUGUCAAUGUUAGGAAAAUAUUUUAGACAUAAAGGUGCUGGAGUUAAAAUUACAGUUGGGGUAGUUGGAAUACCUAAUGUUGGUAAAAGUUCUAUCAUAAAUUCAUUAGCGAGAGGUAGACGUUGUGCUGUCGGUUGUAAGCCAGGUGUCACUAGAUCCCUUCAAAAAAUCCAAAUUGACAAAAAGGUAAUGUUAAUCGACUCACCCGGAAUAAUAUUUCCAAGUGCUCAAUCUUUAUGUAGUGUUUAUCAAAAUGGUCAAAAUGUUAGUGAUAUUAAAGACCCUGUACGAUUUGCAGAGAAUAUUUUGAAAAGAGCAACCAAACAGUACUUUUGUAACUUAUAUGGCAUUUCUGACUAUAAUUCUUUUGAAGAAUUUCUAUCUAGAAAAGCUUUAAAAAUGGGAAAAUUUUCUAAUGGAUCGCCAGAUAUAGAAGCAGCCGCUAGAGGAUUACUCAAUGAUUGGAAUUCCGGAAAGAUUCGCUACAAUACCGAACCACCAGAAGAAUCAUCUUGUCAUGUAUCGUCAAAAAUUAUAACGAAUAACGAAACGGUUGAUGUGAACAUGGAUUGCUUUGAUGAUGACAUAGAACAAAUUUUGAAAUCAUUUGAAGAAAAGCCGGUGGAAGUGGAAACUACCUUUAAAGUUCCUGAAGAGAGUAUCUACAAUAUUGCUAAUAAUGCAGCAACUAAUAAUAAAGUUAAAGCAACUAAAAAUUUAAAAAUUGAUCCUGAAGCUCUUCUACAAGGAAACAAGUCAAUAAACAAAGAAAUUAAAAGACUUCAAAAAAAGAAAAAGAAAAUGGUCGCCAAAACUGAGCGUAGGAUAGAUCAAAUGUCUGAUGUGCUGGAAGGAUUUAGCAUUAAAAGUGAGGAUUGCAUGACUGAUGAUAAAAUUUAAGAUCUCUUGAAUUUUUUUUAUUAGGCUUGCUUUUUUAUUUAUUGAAAUAUGUACGUACUUGUACGUUAUAUAUUAAAAAAAAAUUAGAAAAUACACUUGGAUAACUAG